GAUUUUAAAUAUGUGUGACAAGUGAGUCCACACGGUUAGGAGACAAUAAACUGCCGGGGAGGGAGGGGUCAGUGCGCAGAGCAGGACGACAAUGGCGGCUUCACUGAUUUUGCUUCCCGCCAUAUUCUCAUAUCUCAUCGUUCUCUCUCAAUCUUCUUCUUCUUCUUCAAUUGCUCAGAUCGGCACCGAAACAUCAUGUACAAACCAGCACAAUCACCAUUUGAUCUGCGACUUUGAAGAUGCGAAGCUCAAGAUCGCUCGAUUAGAAGCUAUCCUUGAGGAAACUAUCCAGAACAUAAAUGCUAAAAGCCUUUAUCUGGAAGAAAGUCGCAAGCUAAUUGAUGAGAUGACCCAUGAGAUGGAUCGUCUACAAUCUGCAGUGUCCAGUUUAAAGGGUGAGUCAUCACGUACAAAUGAAAGGCUUAAUCAGCUGGAAGAAGAGAUCCGACUUCUUUGGGCUACUUUAAGAAAGACCAACUUUGAGCUUCACUUUUUAGAGUCUAAAGCACAAGAUGCUGAGAACAGAUUGGAACUGGCUUCUUCAAAAGUUGAAACGAUGGCUGCCAUCAUAACUGAACAAUGGAUUCAAAUCCAGCAACUUGAACAGGCUCUUCAUAUUGCAGAAGACAAAGAUUAUCCCUUUCAGAUGAGGGCACUGAAGGUCAAAAGGCAAACUCGCUCCACAAGAUGCACAUUCUUGAAGUUAUUCAGAAACCUUUUUGGCAAUCAUCUUCAGAAGUUCAUGGAGAUGCUGGAUUCGUUUUUAUUUGACAAGGAGUCUGCUUUUGGUUCCUACCUGUCUCGAGUUAUGCAUCAGUUAGAAAAGAUCUUGUCAGCAACAAAGAAGUAUCAUCAUGAGUUGCAAGGUUUUGUUAAGCAGGAAAUGGAAAAGAAUGAAUUUACUGCAGCUCUUGCUCACAAAGAAGUGGUAUUUUUUGUGGCUUCUGCUCUAAUUACCUUUCCGAUAAUGAGUGCUUGGAUGUUGCUCUCUUCACAAUUCAGCUAAACUACGAGUUAUGGAUGAAGACAUUUCCAACAAAACUUCACCUUUGGAAGUUCUCACCCUGUCGUACGAGCUGUCAAUGGAGAUUAAAAAAAAUGAUAUUAAUUAGUGCAAAUGCAUCAGCUAGGCAAUUGGUGUCAGAAUUGGCAGAUUAUUAUGUAUAAUAGACAUCUAGGGCAUGUGCUCAUCUUAUUUUGUAGCUAAUAGAACUUGUUAUUUUGCAGUUUAGGAUUGACUCAGAUUAUUGACAGUAAAUCAAAGACAGCUAGCUGUUAGCGAAGUCUCUGCUUCCUCUUCUGCGUUUGAAAAACGGUGCAAACUGGUGUUGUAGUGUAGUCAAUACAAACGGUUGUGUCAUAGCAAGUUGGCUGACUUCUGGAGGGUUUGCUUGGCAAGCUGUCCAUUUGCUGCAGCCAAAAACUGUGGAAUUAUCAUUAGAUUUGAAUCAAAUAACAAAUAUGUCACUAGACAAAA